AUGGGAUUCCUCUCCAGCGCCAUUCUCCUUUUAAUCACGGCAUUCCCUGCUGCCCAGGCAGGUGAGAUGAUCAAUGCCGCCGCCGGCGCUACCGACGUCAUUCCAGAUUCGUACAUAGUUGUCAUGAAUGAGGGAAUUUCUGAAUCCGACUUCGAAUCACACAGAACUUGGGCCACUGGUAUGAAUAGUAAGUCCCGGAAGCGUGCAGGAGCGUUUAGCGGUGUAUCUCGCACUUGGAGCGCGACUGGGAUGAAAGGUUAUAGCGGCUCUUUUGCCCGGGAGACGAUCGAGCAAAUAGCAAAUAACUCUGCUGUGGCGUAUGUUGAGCCAGACCGAAUGGUGAAUAUUACCGCCUUCGUCACCCAGAGGAAUGCUCCCUCUUAUGGACUGGGACGAAUCUCUAACAAGAGGCCUGGUAACCGUGACUAUAUCUUUGAUGAAUCCGCUGGUCGGGGAAUCACCAUCUAUGGGGUUGAUACGGGUAUUGAUAUUCGGCACCCUGAGUUCGAGGGACGCGCUACUUGGGGUACUAAUGAGAUUAACGAUGUCAACCAAGAUGAAAACGGUCACGGAACUCAUACCGCCGGGACCUUUGCCGGGAGAAACUUCGGCGUGGCCAAGAGAGCUAACAUCGUUGCUGUUAAAGUGCUCAAUGCCGAAGGCAGUGGGAGUACUAGCGGCAUCAUUAGCGGUAUCAACUGGUGUGUAGACCAUGCCAGACGAAACAACAUCCUCGGGAGGGCCGUUAUGAACCUUAGCUUGGGUGGAACCGGGGCACGUGCGUUCAACCAGGUUGCUACAAAUGCAGCAAACGCCGGUAUCUUUCUUGCAGUUGCAGCCGGCAACGAUGGGGAAGACGCAGCGAAUACCUCACCCGCCUCGGCUCGUGGGGUAUGCACGGUUUCAGCGAGCACAGAAAGAGACACUCGGGCGGACUUUUCCAAUUUUGGGAGUGUUGUGGAUAUUUACGCACCGGGCGACCAAAUCCCCUCCGUGUUCCCUAACAACGCGAGACGGGUUUUGUCUGGCACAUCCAUGGCUGCUCCCCAUGUUGCUGGCGUGGGAGCUUACUUAAUGGCCCUUGAAGGGAUUUCCUCAGGCCAAGUCUGCAACCGGAUCAAGCGCCUAUCACAGCCUCGAAUUCGCAACCCCGGGCGAGACACCACAAACCGGUUGCUGUAUAACAAUAGUGGCGUGUAA